CAAUAGAAUCUAGAAAAAAGGAGAGGAGAGAAGAGAGAGAGAGAGAGAGAUGUCGAGAGUUUUGUCAGUCGUUUGUGUCCUGCUCGCUAUGGCAUUGGUCCAUGCACGUGCUCGUCACGUGCCGGGAGUGUCUGACGAGGGCAAGACGACGACGCAUGACGACACAACAACGAUGCCCAUGCAUGCAAAAGCAGCUGAUCAGUUACCACCAAAGAGCCUCGGCGACAAAAAAUGCAUCGGAGGAGUCGCUGGAGUCGGUGGAUUCGCCGGAGUUGGUGGUGUUGCUGGCGUGGGAGGUCUAGGGAUGCCACUUAUCGGUGGUCUUGGUGGGAUCGGUAAAUAUGGUGGCAUAGGUGGUGCAGCUGGAAUCGGUGGAUUUCACGGUCUAGGCGGCGGUUUAGGAGGAGUAGGAGGCGGUGUUGGUGGCCUAGGUGGUGUAGGAGGCGGCGUUGGCGGCCUAGGUGGAGUCGGAGGUGGGUUAGGCGGUGUUGGCGGUGUAGGUGGUGUUGGCGGGGGUAUUGGUAAAGCAGGUGGUAUUGGAGGUUUAGGUGGAGCCGGAGGUGGUUUAGGCGGUCUAGGUGGAGUUGGUGGUGGUGGUAUCGGCAAGGCAGGUGGUAUCGGUGUUGGUGGUGGUAUCGGCGGUGGACACGGCGUGGUCGGUGGUAUACUCGAUCCACAUCCUUGAUGAAGAAGAAAUUAAGCAUUAGUAGAGGGCUUUUGUUGAUUAGGGUUUGAUUAAGAAUAAUUAUUUAGCUCGGAUGUCAUUGUUGGUGUUUUUAAGUUGGGUGAUCAGAAUUAGCGUGACUCGUGUGAUCUAUUCUCUCGUUUAAGUUUUCGUUUUGGAACGUUUAAUUUGCUUCGAUUUCGGACCUUCCUUAUGUUAUGUUACUUAUGUAAUAUGUAACUCUCUAUUUAUGUUUAAUCGUUUUUUUGGGUUUAAUUA